GUGAAGAAGCUCUUUGUUUCUGGACAUUUCUCGUCUGGACUUGUUCUUCUUCACACUGUGCGGCGGUACGUCUCCCUCUGGCUCCUCCCACCAGGUGACAACCAAUCAAGUAAUCAGGAACAGGUUCGUUAAAAGAUGCUGAGCUCAGUGUUCCUGCUCUGUCUGAUGAUCGAUGUGGCUUCUACAGCACCACUGAGCUCAGACUCUGAUUCUUCGUCGCCCUCUUCAUCUGACAGUGAUGAAGAUCUUCAGCUGCCUACUGUGUUUCCCCUACUGGAAGCCCGGCCCAGUGGGAUUAUUGAGGUGGAUGACACAAAAAAAAACACCACCUUGAGGUUUGCCAUCUUCCUCAUCACUGAGGAGGAGGAGGGGAGCGGGUCUUACGGACGGGAAAGGUCCGACGACAUCAACGAUGAUGUCAGUAGUGAAGAAAUCACACGGCAGGGCAUUCAGCCAAAGACAUCGACUCUUCCCACCGAGCCAAAAACCAGCAGCAAGCCAAUGACUGAAGAGAAUGCAGAUCCCACGAUCAGCGCCGCGGGCAAACACUUCUCAUCAGAAGAAAUGAUGGGUGAUCAGCCGAUGUUUAUGGUUUCUGAUGAUGAAACUGAUGGAUUUAACAACACCUCCUCCAGGGGGCACAAUCAGAACCAAAACCUGAAUCUCUCUGAUGACUUUGAUUAUUUUACCAACAGCUCAACUGAGUCUAAUUUGCACCAAAAGCUUAGUGUGUCUGAUGAUUAUGAUAAUGCUGUUGAUCACAGCGAGGACACAGCUGCUCCAACAGCACCAACUUCUGGUGACAACAGCACAGAAUCCAGGGAGAUGAACAAUCAGCCAGCUAGAACCAUUCUUGAUUUCUUUCAUGACAUAAUUACCAGGUUUGAUGAACCAACAUUGUCUUUAACUGGUGACUUAAGCAACUCAUCAUCCUUAGAGGUCACUCAGUCGAAUCCAAACCUUCAGGGUAUCCCUUUAAAUCCAGACAACCAGGGUUCCGACAACAACCAGCAGGGGGUGUUGGGUGUUGACAUGGUGGAAUGGCCUGUUCCGGUUCCAGUGUCUAAAGAGGUCAUGAGUUCUAGCUCAGAGAAAGUAAUCUUGGGCAACCAGGACCAAGGCGGUUCUAGAAAAGGUAGCAUUAGCAGGUAUUUGGGGUUGGGUUCAAGACUUCAGGAGGUGUUCCACUCCAUCCAGGAGGUUGUAGAUCUGCUUCCCGGCAACCAGAGAGUAAUGGGGGCAAAGGGUAACCAUCACAAGCCUCUCGGUUCAACUCCCUACACUAGCAGUCAGAUGAGGUUUCUUUCGACCUCUGAUGAGAGUAAUGAGAGUUUAGAAUUUGUUAGCACUGAUCCCAAAAAUCAGACAAGUGUCAGUUUGCGUCCCGAGAGCCUGAAGUACACCACCACCAGUGUCAAGCAAGGCACUGGUUCUACAGAUCCCACACAGCAAGUUACUGGUCUGGCCACAAGCUCGGCCGCUGACUUGAUUAGUCCUGAAUCCACCAAAGAGGCUAACAAUGCCAGGUUGAACCCAAUCAGUCCAGAUCAGGAUGCAUCCCAGACGAACUUGACCAUUCUGAAGAAUACUGUGUCCAAAGAGACUUCCAAGUCAUCUCAGAUGGACAAUAGUUUAAACCCAGACAGCUCUGAGGAGAGUCGGGAGGUUGUGGCUUCAACAACACCUGGCCUGGGUCCUGACUCCAGAGACGGACAUCCAGAUGUCAGCUCCAGCAGUGAGGAGAUCCUGCUGGGCCUGGAUUUUACACAAACCCAAUCUGGAAGUAUUCGGUCAGAAUCAGAGGAGUCAGAUUCAUCAGACUCUGGAUCUGCAUUUGACUCUCCAGGAGUUGAUUCAGGGAAUAGCUCUAUGAGCGUAGCACUUCAUGCUAAUCCCAUCCCAACAUCUGAUUCCAAUCUGAGUCCAGGGUCUACCGUUAAUCCCAGUCUCAGUAUGAACUUCAGCACCAGCUCAGAGAUCAGUCUAGAAGAGUCUGAAAAAUCCCCAAUCAACAAGAUCCCGAAAGAUGCUAACCCCACUUUAGACGGUAACACCGACACCGGUAUCAUAGCCGCCAGCCCUGAGGUUAGCACGGACGGAACGCCUGAGGGCAGUGUAAAAGAUGCUGAAGCAGAUUCAAGUGCAGAUGCAACUGCUGAUUCUCACGAUGGUGAUGAUGAUGAUAGCAUUGAAGCUGACCCCAUCAUCAGCGCUACAGUGUACGGCACUGUUCUCCCAAGCGCGCAUGCAAACUUUGAUGCCAGCACAAACACUGGCAAUGAGUUGAGUGCAGAAGAGGACGGUCAUGCUACCACAGAGCCGGCCGCUGAAUACAGCACACACCCUCCUGACUCCAGGGCUAGCACUAUUGCUAUCGCUAGUGUAGAAAAAGCGCAAGCAGGUACGGAUUAUAGGACUGAAGCCAAUUCAGAUGCUAACAGCCCAGGUCCAAACCAAGCUGCCAACAGUGAAGAAAAUGUGGUCUCUCCUCUUCCUCCUCGCAGGAAGAUACCUUAUCGCUUUGGUUUCCUCGGCCCCAUCAGUCAUUUCCGUAGCAACGACCCCGUCGCCAAGCAGGUGAGAGUUGCCUCUCCUCACACCAUCGCCAGGGAAACAUUAGCAAUACUACGUCGCCGACUGGUGACACCACAACAACACGGUCCCGAUCAAAACGUUUUCUCGGAUCUGCUCCGUGGCUUCUUGAACCGCCGCCCACAGCCAGUCGGUCGCCACACGGGCAGGAAGCAGACGGCAGCUGCAGCUCAGAGCAGCAGUGAAGAAACAAGCUAGUUCGGAUGGUGUGUUGCCCCCAUUAGCUGAUUUUAAAGUGUGGAGGAGGUUUGAUCAGGACCAUGCACUACACAUGCAGAGUUUAGAGAGUGAUCAGGUUGCGAAACUCUGAGUAAUUUGAAAACAAUGGAUCCUGAUGAAAAACCCAAGUCGCUCCUCGUUUCUUUUCGAAUCAGUAACAGCAAGUGGUUGGAUUUCAUCAGGACAGGACGAGGCUAUGCUAACAGGCAAACAGUCACCGGCUCAUUGAAACAGGUAGACGACAGAAGUAAUAAAAGCUACUCUUGCUUGGUGUUAUGGCAAAUCUUUUUUCGAUGUACAAAUUCUCCUUAUUAAAGAAGUAGAAUAAAGAUCAGAAUAGGACGGUUAACCGCUGCCACACAGUGGAUGCUUCAGACAUGAUCUUCCAAUAUAUGCCACAAAGCAUAUCUGUGCAUUUGAUGUUUGCUCUCAUCAAUUAUAAUAUUUGACAUUACAACAGUGUUCCCUACUGUUUUCUUCAUGCCAUCUGGUUUACGCUGCUGUACAAUUAUCACAAGUUUAAAUUCUGUUGAUGUUCAGGAAACUCGAUCCAGUGUAAGUCCCAUUAUACCAACAGUUUAUGUUGUUUAUUUUAUACAAAUAAAUUGUAUGUAUUCAAAA